GAAGUUGGUAUGGACCCCAUAUGGGUGUCCAGUCGCACAGCGCGACAGAUAUAUGCUCUGGGAGAGGUCGAGAAGGAUAUCAGCCGGCUGCUCACUCUAGCAGCCUCGUCCAUGUCCCUGUUAACUCUUCCUCAAACGGACGGCCCGGAGGAUGGUUUACCGCAGGGUGGCGAGCGAUCUGAACAGUUUGUCCUGGAAGUGAGCGAGUAUUUCGAGAGACUUGACGCCAUCCACAUAGCCAUCCGUUCCUCCCUUGCCCACAUCCGACAAUCCCGCAUCGCACCAUCCGCCAUUAACGCGCCGCCUCCAGGGUUCAUUCCGCCUGCGCUUGGUGUGGGCGUGCCGUCUGCUGACGGCGACUAUGAUAAAGGCAGCCGCGGACUGCAAGAAGAACGGGUGGAGCGCGACGCUUGGAAAGCUAUUUUGGACGCACUAACUCGCUUGAAGGAUGCUAAAGAGCGAGAAGCAGCGGAA